GAAGGCUGGCGAUGGAACUGUAAACCUCUUGCUUGCUCGACAUUUUCAACGAACGCGCAUUGUCUACCCAGCGUUUUCUCAGCCGAGCUGAUCUACUGAUCGCUUCAAGUUCCAUGGCGGAACAUUUCACUUCACACUUUCCAAACACAUUUUGGCCUGAUGACUUACCUUGCAGUCCUCGCUCUGAUAAAGAUUACUGGCUUAUAAGAACGUCCAUACUCGCAACCAAGUGUUUAUCAGGCCCCCGACGCUUGUUUCGUGAUGUCAUCGAGUGCUGCGAGCUUGCGACCGACAUAUGCGAGAGUCUAAUUGGAAUACCUUCAGAGAAGUCGUUUGACCUUCUUAACCGUGCCUCCCGAAUUCAGAGCCUUUUAGUUGAAGACCUCUUUGAGUACGAACAAAACCAAAACGAGGAAGAUGUUGCGAGAAGCCUUGCGCAUCUCGACACUGUGGCCGAGCAGGUGAAGAAGGCAUUGUGCGAACUUAUCAAAGCUCACUGGAAGACCAUUCCGCAAAGUAGCCGUUAUCAGAAACUGCAGGAUAGUGUGACCACUCUCGAGGCAUCGGCAAUUCAACUGGCUCUGUCCCAAACGUGCUCCCGCUCAAAUGUGUUGGCCGACUCCAGUGCAAGAUCAGACCGUGACUCACUGCUGCUGUCGACUUUGCCGCUGCAACUACUACCUGUGGAUGACUGGGACGACAUCAUGCCAUGGCAGCCAGCAUCCAUGGAGCCAAAAGUUCCUUCAGCUCCAGAAUCAGAAAAUGGGACACCAGUGCGGCCCCAUCCUCCCAGCUUGAAUCCCACUCCUUGUCCAGACUCACCAACCUCUUGCAAGGCAAACCCGGUUGGCAAUGACAUGACAUCAUGUGAUUUCAGAUCCGCCAUCAUUCCAAGAGAAUUAUAUCCCCAGCCUGUAUUCACAAGACGUGUGCGCUUGAACGCUUGAAUGCUACGUUAUCACGUCCGUAAUUGUUGCAGCCCCUCCACUGUCAGGUAUAUGUGAAUAUAUUGCGUGUUCUAACUGUUUUACAAUGGGAAAUUCGCUAGCGCCAGCACAAGUCCUAACCAAUCAGAUAUUUGACUAACUAGACGAUACGUUAGGCCAGGUUCAGCGCAAUGUACUCUAGGAUGGCGCCGUCGAUGGCGGGCAUGAAUGCCGCGCACGGCGACGAGCUACCGCGGCAGCGGCGGAAGCGGAGGACGAAGGCGCAGAUGGCUGCGGACAGGGCGAUUGCGGCGGCUUUCAAGCGGAAGCGCGGGAGGCCGAGCAAGUCGGACGUGCUGGCGCGGCAGGCGCUGAUCAUGGCGGCGCACAGCGGCAUGCCCGUCACGGACCCCUCCAACAUCGACGCCAUCCUCGCCGCGCAGAACGCCUCCGCGCUCGUGCCCACGGCCACGGCCACGCGGGCGAGAAUGACCAAGUCGCAGCUCAAGGCGCGGCGGCUGAACCAGGGCGCCGGGGACGACGGCGCGGCCGUGCAGCCGGGGUGGGUGGGGCAGAACGUGCAGGGCGUGCUGGACGGCACGUUCGACGCGGGUUACUUUGUUACCAUCCGCGUGGGCAACACCAACACCAUUCUGCGCGGCGUGGUGUUCGCGCCCGGCGUAGCGGCCCCCCUGCCAUGGCCCGAAGACGCGGCGCCAAGAGUGCUCAAGCUGAAGCGCGACCCGUCCGUUGCGCUCCCCGCUGCUGGCGAUGCUGGCGAUGCCGCUGAUGCCGGUGAUGCCCCCGCUGCAGUGGCAGCAGCACCCGCGGCGGCAGCAACGGGCGGUGGCGCAGGCGGACUGGCUGAACGACCAGCCGCACCCGCAGCAGAAUCGCCGCCCGCAGCAGAGCCGGCAGCAACGGCAGGUGCAGCAGGCAGAGCAGCAGCGGGAAUGGCAGGGGCAGAUGCAGCGGCGCCAGGAAAGCUGUCGCUGACAGAAAGCUCGGCGGCCGUAGUUGCCCCUUCUAACACAGGUGCAGGGGCGGCAGCAGCGCCACACAGGGCAGGGGAGGCGGAUAAAGCGGAGGGCGGGCCGGAGGUGAAGGGCGAGGGUGGGUCGGUGUGGGAGGUGGUGAUCUGACGUCAGCCGCAUUGGCUGCUCCAAGCAGGGCAUGCAGGGGGGGACAUAAGAGUAUGGUCAUGGCUCAUGGCUGGCCGUCCACACUAUACUCUGAGAUUGGUUGGUCAUGCUUCCCACAUUGUGGGAAUGUGCCGGCAGGAACACUUGCAUUGCAUUCUCCUCUGGCAUUGCUGCUGUCACAUGGACUAGUGGUGUUGGGCAAUGCUGCUGUGGCAUGCCUGAGUGUUCAUCCGCCUGUGCUUCUUUCCUACAGUGCGCAACAU